UUGGGUGAUUUUGUGUGGAUUUGGGUGGCUGCCUGCAGUGCCCAGCCCGGAUUUCAGCUUCCCCGCGGAUGAACACCUGGACGUUUACGUGUCGGCUGCCGAGAGCCCCGGGCACUUCUGGAUCCAGCUGCUGGGGACGCGCAGCCUGCAGCUGGACAAGCUGACAGCCGAGAUGGGGCACUUCUACCAGAGCAGCCCCGCCGUGCCACCCCCGUCCCUCCACCCCGGUGACAUCGUGGCCGCUCCGUACCUGGAGGAUGGCGAGUGGUACCGGGCGCGUGUCCUGGGGACGCUGGACAGCGGCCACCUGGACCUGUACUACGUGGACUUUGGGGACAACGGCGAGGCUCCCCCCGAGGCUCUGCGGGCCCUCAGGAGCGACUUCCUGAGCCUGCCCUUCCAGGCCAUCGAGUGCAGCCUGGCCGGGAUUGUCCCCAACGGCGAGGGCUGGCAGGAGGCGGCUCUGGACGAGUUUGAUCGCCUCACUCACUGCGCGCAGUGGACGCCGCUGGUGGCGCAGAUCUGCAGCUACAGCCAGAGCGGCCUGGGGCCCCGGCCCAGCGUGCGGCUGUUCACCCAGCGCCAGGGACAGAGCCUGGAUGUGGGAGCAGAGCUGGUGCGUUUGGGUUACGCCGUUCCCGGUCCCCCUGAGGAGCCCUCAGUGAGCUGCUCCCGGUGUCCCCCGGUGUCCCCCAGUGUCCCCUCCCAGUGUCCCCCG